AUGUGCAAUUGCCGUUUGCCUUUGCCAUUGUUACGGCCGUUGUGGGUCGCCUCAUCAACUACCAGAACAGGCAGUGGGCCUGGAGCUCAGCAACUUGCAACGAGUCGAAGAAUUAAUGAAGAAAUUAUGUACAAAUUACUUGCACGCCCAUUGCCCCUCUCCCGGCGUCACAUAUCGAGUCGGACAUCCAAGUCCCCAAGCAUGCGGGGUGACCUAGUCAUGGAACAAGCUCAUCCUUCAUGGAACACGCCACGCCGACGACGGCCGGCAUCAGUACCCACGCCUCCCGUCGGAUUUAAGAGCCGGGGCAAGCCUCUCUCCCCGGCUGCAAUGUGGCGGCCCUCGCGCCGCCUCUAA